CCGAUCUGCGACGAAGGUGGGUGGCAAACAUUCGUCGGGAUAGUUUUAAUAUAACAUCCCACACUAAGGUCUGCAGCAGACACUUCAUGGAAAGCGACCUAGUUGAGCCAAAAGAAGGAGGUCGAAGACGUCUGGCUAAAGGAGCAAUACCUAUGCUCUUUGAGUGGAAUGCCUACAGGCUCACAACACGACCCAGUGUGUGGGAGAGGAGAGAAAGGCCAGAGGAACCGGAGUUAUCUCUUCCUUUAGAGUCAGACACCGAAGUGUCAGCCGAUCAUGAUUACUGUGCUAUUCCAGAGCCGUCGUCUUUAGAUUUGAGCUGUGCGGCAAACGAGGAUUUGGCAUGUGAAGUGGAGGAGUUAAAAAAGCAGCUGCAAGAAUUACGGCUGCAGCGAAAUUUCGGACUGCAGCGGUUUGCAGGAUCCGAUGAGGAUAUACGGUUUUACACUAGAUUCCCAAGUUAUGAUCAUUCAAUGGCCUUCUGGUGGCUCACUGAGCCAUCAGUCCACAAAAUGGUUAGAAUCACAAGAGCCAGAGCAGCAGCUAAGAAAAAUGAAGAGGUGACCCGUUCAUGUGUGUCAGGGAGGCAGGUACUGCAGCCAAUAGAUGAGUUCUUCCUAUUCCUUGUCCAUCUUUCUGUUGGUCUGAAGGAGAGAGACUUAGGACAUCGGUUUGGAAUUCAUUCCUCGACAGUCAGCAGAGUAGUGUCAUCAUGGACAAACUACCUAUACACCCUCCUUGGGGUCAGUGAGUGA